GAAGCCAGCAUAACGUUCCCCGGUGGAAAAGGCUCGCGCUCUUCCGACGCCGACGUCGCCGCCGUCCGGGUAGACGAGUCGGCGCAGAGGAGGGACCCGACCGAGCCAGGGCUGCCAACCGGGGCCCACCGAAAUGGAGGGUAGCGGUACGGGGAUAAGCAGACUCGACUGCUACGAAGACAUGUUCAAAGAGAUCACCAGGAAACUCUACGGGGAGGAUCCGGACCACCGAACGUCGAGCGUGCAGAACGAGUUCGAGACCUCGGUGUCGUACAAGAACGAGGAGGACACGGAAAACGGGACCGACGGGAGCGACGACGGGAAUUGGACCUGCGAGGAGGAGCCCCUGAAGGGGACGGAGGGCAGCAGGAUAGCCGCGUACCACGCCGGGAAGUCGACCUGGAGGUGCUACGAGUGCGGCGACUGCAUGGGCGGAGGACCGCGCGACGUCGCCGAGCACUUCGUCGAGCUCCACUCCUCCAGGAUCGUGGCGGACGACGCCAGGAACCGGCACCACUCCCCGCGGAAGGACUACCUUCAGACCGAGCUCAAGAUCGAGGACGUGGUCGCCUACCUCGAGAGGCUUAGGGACCGCGCCGAAAGGGCGGCGCCACCGUCGCGUCGCACGCAAGAGACGCAGACGGUACCCGCGGCAUUGCUCCCGGCUACCUCGACGUUCCUGCUCCAGGAGCUGCCCUCGGCCCCGGCUCCGCAGCACCUGCACCAGAGUGCCGCAGCAAUGCCGUCCUCCGCGGCCGCUUCCGGUAGCGGAAAACGCUACACGUGUCCUUACUGCCCGUACGGGACCGACCGGAGAGACCUUUAUACGCGGCACGAGAACAUCCACCGCGAGGAGAAACCUUUCCAUUGCUACAUCUGCUAUAAGCCCUUUAAUCGGGCGGAUCACGUGAAGAAGCACUUCCUCAGGAUGCACCGGGAACACGGCUACGAGCUCUCCAGGAUACGAAGGCCUGCCGGAUCCGGAGGUACGCCCAAGCCGCUUCCGCAGGACUCCGGUUCUGGCACCAAUGCCAAUACGAACGCGACACACCAGACAACCUAUCCGCCGGGGUAUAACAAUAACAAGGGAUACCAGAUCCAACAGAGUCCCGGAAACGGAGGAGGACUGUACCAGCCGACGGCGAUGCCGGCCCCGGGGAUCAUGCAACCGGAAGCGGCAUGCGGCCGGAGGAUACAGAAUGGCGGAUGUAACAGCAAAAGUCAUCUGAAAGGUGGUUCGAAAGGAGCCCAAGAAAGAAGGUACACUUGCUGUUACUGCUCGUGGAGCGGGGUCGACAAUUGGUGCCUGAAGCGACACUUGAACACACACCUUAAACCUUUCGCUUGCGCUCUCUGUGAGUACAAAGCAGCGAGAGCGGAACGCCUCGCUACGCACGUGCUAAAGGUCCACAACAGGAGGCAAUGCUCGCGGUGCUCCUUCCUCGGGGAAGACGCGGCGCAACUUCAAGCCCACCAACUCCAUGUGCAUCGUGUGAGCGGCGCAAACGCCCCGGCGUCCUCGCCUCAGAAUGCGCCGCCGCCGCCGAACCCGCGUCACCAGCAACCUUUACACCCCGUUGGAGGUGGUCGACCACCUCCUGGCCCACCGGUAUUUCCGGCACCGGCACCAGCAAUAGCACCUGCAACUACCGUGAUACCACCUACUACUAUUCUCGGCAGCAGAGAGUGCGAGCCGAGGCCAACCGAGGCCGGCUCGAUCGUGUCAACCCGACACAAGAAGAGGGUCCAGAUAGCUUCCCGGCCCAUCAAAGUCGACAGGCUCGAGACCAGGAAGCCUCAGGAAGCGCCAGGAAGCGUCGUUAAGAAGAGAUUCGUCGAGUCCGAGGUACCGAGCGGCUCGAGGAAAAGGCCUGCCGACCAGGAGGCAAUUAACGUGGUCAGGAAGAGGAUAGCUGGCAAUGAAAAGCGGUCCAGGAAGCAGCGCAAGCCAAGGAAGGUGACACCGCAGGACUUUCUCGAGGACCUGGAAGAGGAGUCGUCGAGUCUUCUGGAGCCCGGUGGCAUCGAUUCCGUUGGCACGAGGACGCCCAUCUCCAACGAGAAGAAGAAGUCCGGCUCGUUGCUGAGAGAGCUGCGCGAUCGGUACUUGGUUCAGCUGGUCUCUCGUCGUGGACUUCUCAAGUGUCACCUAUGCCCACCCACCGCGUCGGCGAAGGCUCUUCUUUGGGUGCCGUACCACACCAGAGCUUCCCUCACUCUGCAUACUCUGUGGAGACAUCGUAGGGCGAAGUUUCGCGAUGCCGAGGAGUCUCGUCUUCGGCAUCAGGCUACCGUCCCAUCGGCUAUUACCCUGAAGGCGACGGUGUGUUAUACCAGCUACCGUAGAUAGCAUUCGAUGCCUUGGUCUGUCAUCGAUCCGAGUCUGCGAGCUGUGUAUGACUAUUGAAUGACUAGGUUCUAUAGUGAAUCCGUGAGCUUUUCGAAUACGUCGUCUUGAAGUUCUGCGCCGCAAAAUGUGAGCUUAAUGUUAAAGAGUGAUACGGGGGGAAUGUCAGAAAGUACUGUACCUUCGAGUCUGGGUUACCGUGAGUGGAAUUAAUCCCGGCAUCACGGUAAAAAGUCCUAACCAUGAAUUUCACUAUCCAGUAAUCCAGCAAAACGUCACACGUCGUAAAGGCUGGAUCGUGUUAACUCUACGUGAAGAGGGUCCAGGUCUCUUCCGAUGUAACCAGGGCACCUUGGGGGUGUCCUGGAACAUGGAGUCGACAAAUCUUCAUGACCUGAAUAGCUUCUUAAUAGUAGGACAUUUAAUAAGAGGAGAAAGCUGUACGGCUGAGGAAGAGAUGUGAUCGUUAUUAGACUGGUGUCAGAUUUCGUUAGAGACUUCCUAAUAUCACUUGCGUUCGAUGCAUCCACGAUUUCUCGUCUUCAGAUGCUUCUGUCAAUUGCGUAUAUUAUAGAAAUAUCAUAUUGAAGAGUUCUGUUUUUCUAUUUUUUUUUUUUAUGUUACUCCUUAGUUGAAUAUCCCAAUAAUGAAAGCGAGUUCUACCAACUAUCACAGAUCUCAGUCAGUACUUUGGUCAAUUGUUGACCGCAAUCCGUGACCUAAGGUUAAGUUCGAAGCGAAAACUUAUCGAAAAAGACUUGUACUCAGGAUGUUGUAUUUUUCUUGAGGCUCUUUUAUAAAGAGCGCGAAUUGAUACUAUUCAGGUGGGGUGUACCACCGAGGGAAAUAAUUUAAAAACAAUAGGGAAAGUGUUUCAAUUUUUUAUAUCGUGAAAAUAAAACGAAUGGCACAAUGUGCCGCGUCACAAUGUUCGGUAUGAUGCAAAGUGUUAAUUUGAAAUAAAUAAUCUUUCGUUUAUUAAUUGA